AUAGCUUACAACAUGCUAGAGUCCUAGACGGUACGCGAUAUCGCUAGAUAAGGAUAUGUUGCUACAAGCAAGCUCCCUUCUCUCCCUGCUAUUUCUGCUGACGACGGCGGCGCACGGCGGCGAUUAUAGCAGAGCAGACUUUCCGGCUGACUUUAUUUUUGGUUCUGGAACUUCUGCUUAUCAAUACGAGGGAGCAGCGUUCGAUGAUGGAAGGACUCCUAGCAUUUGGGACAUCUUUGCUCAUUCCGGUCGUACUCAUGGAGCUACUGGAGAUGUAGCAUGUGACGGAUAUCACAAAUACAAGGAAGAUAUUGGGCUAAUGGUAGACACGAAUUUGGAGGCAUUCAGAUUAUCCAUAUCAUGGUCAAGGCUUAUUCCUAAUGGAAGAGGACCUAUCAACCCAAAAGGGCUAGAAUACUACAAUAAUCUCAUUGACGAACUUAUAAGCCAUGGAAUCCAACCACAUGUUACAUUAAAUCAUAUUGAUCUACCACAAGCACUUGAAGAUGAAUAUGGUGGAUGGCUUAGUCGCAAAAUUGUGAAGGACUUUGUGGUGUACGCAGACACGUGCUUUAGGGAAUUCGGUGACAGGGUUUUGUAUUGGACAACCGUUAAUGAAGCCAAUAUAUUUGCCCUGGGAGGUUACAACGACGGAAUCAUUGCCCCAGGACGCUGUUCACCAUCAUUGGGAACUAAUUGUUCCACGGGUAACUCCUCAAUUGAGCCAUAUAUCGUGGUACAUAAUAUCUUGCUGGCACAUUCAGCUGCUACAAAACUGUACAGGAAGAAGUACAAGUUCACUCAAAAUGGUUUCCUGGGAUUGAACGUAUACACAUUAUGGUUUAUUCCUGAUACAAAUUCAACAGAAGAUGUGAUUGCAACUCAAAGAGCUAAGGAUUUCUAUGUUGGUUGGUUAGUUGAUCCGGUUAUCUUUGGAGACUAUCCUGACAUAGUAAAGAAAAAUGUCGGGAAGAGACUUCCAGCCUUUACCGAAUAUGAGUCGAAGCAAAUCAAGGGAUCAGUUGACUUCAUAGGAGUGAACCACUAUACAACAGUACACAUCAAGGACAAGCCCAGCAUCCUCAAAAUGAAUAACAGGGAUUUUUAUGAUGAUAUGGCAGUAAAGAUCAUAUAUGAUCAGGGCAACGAACCGACGGAUGAGUAUGCUAUCAUGCCUUGGGGUCUUUAUGGAGUUCUGGAGUACCUAAAACAAGUUUAUGGCAAUCUACCUAUUUAUGUCCAUGAAAAUGGCCAGAUGACACGACGCAACGGAACACUUUAUGACAAGUCACGAGUAGAAUAUUUACGUGCUUACAUUGGGGGCAUGCUUGAUGCUAUAAGGAAUGGAUCGAACACGAGGGGAUAUUUCGCAUGGACGUUCUUAGAUUGUCUUGAGUUGUUGGAUGGCUACGGGACGUCCUUCGGCCUUCUCUACGUUGAUUUGGAUGACAAGAACCUAACGAGAUAUCCGAAGCUUUCUGCACACUGGUACUCAAAUUUCUUGAAAGGGAAAAGCACAAGCUCAAAUGCUAUUACUGAAGUUGGGGAUAACGCAUUUGUUCCAUGGAUAGGUUAAGUUCUCCUUUUUAUUUCAUCUACUCGAGGUCAAGCUUGAUACUCAAGUGUAGUGAGAAAAAAUUAAAUGAAUAAUCACAUUGUGUGGCUGUGUGUAUUACAUGGAAACAAAUUGGUUAAUUGCUAUUGUAGAGGAAUGUUUUCAUCAAAACUUUAAAAAGGAUGAAUGAAAAACGUAUUGUAUUUUUUUCAUAUGACUAGUCAGAGGUCAACGUGCAUUCUGAAAUGCUUUAUAAGUACUGUAAAAGUAUUAUUUGAAAAUGCGUGAAUAAAAAAUAUAAAAUUUGUUUA